AGCGUGGCGUUAUCGGCGCCUCCUCCUUUACGACCUUAAUCCAGACCCACUUCCAUUUGUUUGCCCCUAUAUCGGAUGGCGAAACACCAGGGUCUGCGACUUUCCUUAGUGUUCGCGUUCAGGUACGCUACGCGGGUCACAACAACCAAACGCACAGCAGUACGUGGCCACAAUGGCGGCCCAUCGGUACACCUGCGUCGGCUUCUCGCCUAAGGCGGACAGGAAGCGCAUAGACUUCGUCACUUCGAUUCCCAGCCAUCGCGUAUGCAGCGUCUGCAGCGUCAUCCCGGACAUCGCGUUCAGCCUCGGCUGCCGCCACGUCUUCUGCACCGCCUGCAUGAACGACCUGAUGCACAACUCGACCGUAGCCGUCUGUCCCUUUGACGACAAGGAGUUCGGAAAUGUGAACGUCAGCUGGGACUCCGCCUCCGAAGGGUACGUCGGGUCUUGCAAAUCCUACUGUCUCAACAGGGCCUUCGGAUGCACAUACGUGGGCCGCAUGCUCGAAAUGAUCGAGCACUACUACCGCGAGUGCGACUACCACGUCGUCUACUGCGGCUGCUGCGCGAAGCCCGUGGCCAGAGUGAACGUGCUGGCGCAUCUCCGCGAGGGAUGCGGCGUCGGCAUCCUGACCUUGGACGGAGCGCUCGCCUCAGCCACUUCGAGUGCCUUUGGCAAAGAGGCUGACGAAUGCCUGUCUGCGGCACGUAAGAACAUUGAGAACUUCCUCAGCCGCAAUAAGAAGUCUGUGAACGUGGUCUAUAACGGGACAGUUGGGAGCAGUGACGUCACCGAACAACAUGGAAUCAUGAGUGAUACAGCUUGUUCGAGCCAAACGAUGGAAGACACGAUGCAGACUGGUCAAAGGAAAGCUAACUCCGAAAUAAUGCUCUUCUCGACGCCUACUGACGACCCUCUAACACCUGUCAUUUGCGGCACAUUCGGAGGUGUCAGCGUUGUUGUCACCACUGCCGACUCGGGCGGUCCGCUACGACUCGAGACGAAGUCCGACUGGACACAAACUGAUCCAGUACUCGAGUGGGCGUACAGUGAACAAGCGGUCUUUUCCGAGGACAGUGGAGAUGCCCUAUCGCCUCUCUUCAACGUUGCUGCCGGCUGCGCCAGCUGGGCGCCCGAUUCGGCGUAUCACUCCUCCGCGUCAGAGUCCGAGGCCACGGACGUCAACCGCGAGCUGGAAGGCUCGAAGGGGACGUCGCUUUCAGCCGUCGUCGAAGCUCUGCCCGAACCAAGCAAGCAGCCCCUGUUGACGUACGACUGGGACGUCAGUCCAUUCCGGAAGUAUCGCAACCCGCCGUGGCCGGAGUUCAAAAGUGAGGUGCUGACAGUGGGCGACCGCGGUUACAGGCUGAGGCUCGAGGGCAAGUUCAAGUUCCUCAACUACCCGUCCCGCUUCCUCGCGCUGUACGUGAGGAUUCAGAAGGGCCCGCACGACGCGUCGCUCGAGUGGCCUUUCAGGCGCAAGUGUUCCUUUCUGCUGAUGCACACCAGGUACGCAGAGCGGGACAUGUUGUUCAGGCUCGAGGAUCACGUGAACGUCAAGAAAUUACCGCGCGCGAUGAGACUUCGACUGGAACGGCCCAAGACGGCGGAGAACUUCGCCAUCGGUAUCGACCGGUGUGUGGCGGCGCAGCAGAUGGUGGAAGGCGGGUUCGUCUACAAAAACACUUUUAGAGUACGCUUCGUCGUCGAGUAGCCGAAGGCGCGAUGGAAAAGUGAUUAGAGGAGACAACUUUGUGCGCAAGCGAAAAUGCUGCGAAAUGUAAAGUGAAGUGUAU